AUGGCGCCACCAUCAGCGGCGCUGCCAAGAGAUUCACCGGCGGAUACUAACUCCAUCGCCUCCUCCCUCACGCCGGAUAGAGAUUCGGCAACAAGCCGGCUACCAGCUAUCUCCUUACAACCAGCAAAUAUCAAACAACAGCAAACAAAAUCCCACAAACUAUUCCGAAAGUUCCGUUCAGUUUUCCGGUCAUUCCCGAUCAUCACGCCGUCAUCAUGCAAGUUCCCGGUCUCGCUCGCCGGAGGCCACCAGGGAACCGACAAGUACAUUCACGGAGGGAUUAGGGUCACCGGAACCCUAUUCGGACACCGGAAAGCCAGGAUUAACCUUGCUUUCCAGGAAAACCCUAAGUGCCUUCCGUUUCUUCUUCUAGAACUUGCCAUUCCGACGUCGAAGCUGAUUCAGGACAUGGGAACGGGGCUUAUGAGAAUAGCCUUAGAAUGCGAGAAGCGCCCGAACGAGAAGACGAAGAUCAUCGACGAGCCAAUAUGGACAUUGUUCUGCAACGGCAAGAAAAAUGGUUAUGGUGUGAAUAGAGAGCCCAGCGAAGAUGACCUGAGCGUCAUGCAGUUACUUCAUGCCGUGUCCACCGGCGUCGGUGUUCUGCCGGCCGAGAUGGCGGACCCACAAGACGGCGAUCUAUCGUACAUGAGGGCGAAUUUCGAGCGAGUCAUCGGAUCGAAGGACUCGGAGACUUAUUAUAUGAUGAUGCCGGACGGCAACCAUGGCCCUGAGCUCAGUGUCUUCUUUGUGAGGAUAUGA